GGCGGGUACGGGGGCGCUGAGGGCCCCUGUGCCGCGGUGACAGCGGAGGCUGCGAGGUGUGCGGGAAGUGGAGGUGCGGGAAGUGAAGAGCUGACAGGAAGUUUGAGCUUUUUGCUGGCAAAGGAAUUUCUCACAGCCUCCAGCCAUGCGUCUCUCUGCGCUGCUGGCCUUGGCAUCCAAGGUCAGUCUGCCACCCCAUUACCGCUAUGGAAUGAGCCGCCCAGGCUCCCUGGCAGACAAAAGGAAGAACCCCCCAGGGACCAGACGGCGUCCGGUGGCUGUGGAACCCAUCUCUGAUGACGACUGGCAUCUGUUCUGUGGAGACACGGUGGAGAUCCUAGAAGGCAAGGAUGCUGGGAAGCAGGGCAAAGUGGUUCAAGUCAUCCGGCAGCGAAACUGGGUGGUUCUGGAGGGGUUGAACACGCAUUACCGCUACAUUGGCAAGACCAAGGACUUCCGGGGAACCAUGAUCCCUAGUGAAGCCCCCUUGCUCCACCGCCAGGUCAAACUUGUGGAUCCUAUGGACAGGAAGCCUACGGAGAUUGAGUGGAGAUUUACUGAGGCAGGAGAGCGGGUACGAGUCUCCACAAGAUCAGGGAGAAUUAUCCCCAAACCUGAGUUUCCCAGAGCUGACGGCAUCAUCCCUGAAACAUGGAUUGAUGGUCCCAAAGACACAUCUGUGGAAGACACUCUAGAAAGAACCUACGUGCCUCGUCUAAAGACACUGCAGGAGGAGGUGAUGGAGGCACUGGGGAUCCAGGAGACCCGGAGAUACAGGAAAGUCUAUUGGUACUGAGCCUGGGGGUACGGCUUCUCUGCCACUCCUGUCUCAGCCUCCAGGACUGGGUACCACUUUUCAGAUGCCAAUAAAGAACUGCUGUCCCUGGGAGAAGGGGACCCCUGCCCCAAUAUACCUGUCUUGGGGACUGAAGGAAGCAAGCAGGAUCUCGCCUGAUGUGUGACAGAACCAGAACCUGGAUGGAAGUUCUCCAGCCGUAAGGCAGCCCUCCCAAGGGGCAGGGACUGCAAAUCUUGGGACGGAGACCUCUGAGUAACAGAAGCUGCCACCUGGCUGCCUGUUAGGGAGGACAGUGGGGAGUGGAGUGUGAGACCAAAAUAGCGUCUCUGCAGCAGUGCCAAGGGGAGGGUGCAAGUUGCUCCUUUUAUAAAAAUGGAAGGGAAAUAAAGAUCUCUAUGUUUUAAUAAAUUAAAAAUAAAGCUUUACACAAUAUUA